UUGUGUCGAUUUUCUUUGUCGAUUAAUAUGACAAAAUCAGCAAUGAAAGUAUUAUUUGCGCAAUUGAAUUCACUCAUUUUUGUGUUGCAAUCUCUCUCUUGGUACUAAACAAUAUUACAAAAUUUACUAUCUUCUCUUAUGAUUAUUUGUCAUAAGUCUAGAAGUCCUCAUUUGUGUUCGCAAAAAAAGAUGAUUAGAGACUAUGUGAAUAAGAAACAAAGAAAAUUGGCAAAAUUAUUUAUGUCUAACUACAAUAAACGUUUUCUUGCCAUCUCACAUUUGCGUUCUACAGAUAUGAACGUUAGUAAUCGUCAGACUAACUUUUUUUUGCCGGACGUGGACAGAAAUAAAAUUGCUCUUACAACAGAAAUGUACAGUUCUAAAGCAAUUAUAUGCUAUCAGUACAAUAUUAAAACGUCCGUAAGGAAAAUAAUCGCAAUUACAUUACUUUUUCUAAUUGGUAUAGCUAUAAGUUUCCAAGACCUAAUGCGAUGAGAACAUUUCCGUGCUGUAAUUACGAUUGAUUUAUGUUGGUAGAAGCUUGCGCUUUAUCGUCUCCGCUACGACCGUCUAGUGCUUUAGUCAUCAUCAUGCAUAGCAUAUUAAAGGAAAAAUAUACUUGUACUUUUCACGCACUGACAUCUCCGCAGUCAUUGGCUUCACGUUCAGCUAACGUUCAGUGAUCAGCAAAGAGCGAUGAAACGUGCAAAUACUAUCAGCUUCUUAGUCGAAAUCGGCCUUCGUUUCAUCGGUUUGUGGCCAGAUUCGCCUUACGCGACUUUUUAUUGGUUGAGCUUCGUGACGACGUUAGCAAUAGUGCAAUAUUAUCAGUAUGUGUACGUAUUCACACAUUUUGAAUUGAACAACAUUCCGCUCCUCAUGGAAUGUCUCAGUCUUACCUUGGCGUACACCCUCUUCUUCCUCAAGCUUGUUAUUUUGUGGCGAAAUCGUCGGAUAUUCCAUUAUAUUGUGAAGACAAUGGAUGAAGAUUGGAAAGAGUGCAUUAUCAAUGAUUUGUAUGCGUCCACGAUGAUGAACAUGGCUGAUAUGUCGCGUCGUUUUUCCAAUGCAGUGUUCGUCCUCAACGCCUCGGGUGCUUUUUUUCUGUCAAUCGGCGACCACUUAUUUCAGUUGAUGAACGAUGCCAAUCAAUUUGGCAAUAGUUCUCGAGAACUUCCUAUAAAAAUGGAAUUUCCUUUCGAUGUCUCUAAAACACCGACUUUCGAGUGUUUCUUAAUUGGCCAGUUUCUCUAUGAUUUGGUGGUAGCUUUGCUGGUUGGUUUGUUCAAUUCAUUGCUUGUCACAUUGAUAUUUCAUGUAAGUGGUCAGAUCGAUAUUAUGCGCCAAGACUUGGUCGAAAUUGCCAAUAGCAAAUGUGAUCGGAACACAUUCUUAAAUGUUAUAAAACAUCUUAUUUGCAAGCAUCAAAAAAUAAUUAGUUUAUCAGAAAGUAUUGAGAGUUUGUAUACUCAUCUGUCGCUGUUGCAACUUUUGUGGAACACUAUAGUCAUGUGUUGCACAGGUUUUGUGAUUAUAUUAAUUAUUGGCACCGGCCAGGAUACGUUAGGCUUAAUCAAGACUGUGAGUUAUUAUUUAGCGAUAAUUUUAGAAGCUUUCGUAUUCUGCUUCGCUGGAGAAUUUUUGAGUGCAAAAAGUAAAUCGAUUGGUGAUGCAUUAUAUGCAGCGGUUUGGUACAACAUGCCGCCGAGUGACAGUCGCAUUAUAUUGUUCAUGAUAGUGAGAUGUCAAAAGCGAUUAACGAUCACUGCAGGAAGAGUGAUUGAUUUGACUUUCGAAGGAUUUACAAGUAUUAUGAAAGCUUCUGUUUCCUACAUAUCAGUAAUAAAUGCAAUGUACUAAGUUUGCGCAAUGUAUUGAAUGUUUCCGCAAUGUUAGACUAAUUAGUAUAAUAGAUAUCUACUUUUCUAUCUACAUGUUCUUAGUUAGAAUAGCUUCAUUACACAAAUUGUAAAACAUAAAAUUAUUUAAGUAAAAAUUAUU